ACUGGCAGCAGGGCACGGCGACGUAAAGGGGGCGGAGUUUAAAGCUGCAAGAGGAAGUGACUGAUCUGAGCUGGAGAUCAGACUUAAUGUAGACAUACAAGCACCUUCUGGCUGCGUUAACCAAUACUUACAAAAACGAUAGUCUUCUCAGAGCUCUGUAUCUGUAACUCACAGGGUAGCUCAGCGUUUUAGCUAAACACGGGAGACUUCUGUGAACUCACAAACUGCGCACUACCAGACUCCCGCCAGUAGGUGGAACUUAUAUACAGCACGUGAGGAUGAUGCAGGGUGUCACGUGUCAAUGACGUUGACGGCGUUCCAAAAGGCACUAGGAACUAGCAGCUACCCUUAAUGUAGGGAUAGAGUUCCUUUAUCACAGAUUUAAUGUUGCUCCAAGGGUUGUUCAAAGAUUUUUUUCUUACAACCUAACCCUGAUUGGAGCAUCUCCAGACUGCACUUGUUUCUUAGCAUCCUGUAUCCUGAAGGUGUGGCUGGCAGCCCUAUCUCAGUGAAGGUCCUUUAUUGAAUAUUAAAGGAUGUGGUUCCCAAGAGGUAGCAUUACGCCUCGGAGGUCUCAGUGAGCAUGGAAAAAGUAGUAGUGAGUUUUGGAGAUGCCCUCCUAAGGUCCUCAGAUGUUGCCCUCCUUGAUCCACCCCACUGGCUGAAUGACAAUAUAAUUGGAUUUACCUUUGAGUUUCUGUCGUCAUCCUUGCCUCCUUUGCAAGCCCAGCAAGUCUCAUUCCUCAGCCCUGAAGUGAGCCAAUUUAUAAAGUGUUGUGGAAAUGAGGCCUCGGAUUUCCUGGAACCAUUGGACCUGCCCAGCAAAGAACUUGUUCUGAUACCUGUCAAUGAUAAUACAGGCCCUGAAGCUGGAGGAACCCACUGGAGCCUUCUUGCUUAUGUUCGACGAUACACUGUUUUUCUACAUUAUGACUCUUCCCCUGGAACCAAUGCACCACAUGCCAGACUCAUGGCCAAGAACCUUGAUGUUCUUUUGGGAGGAAAACAAAAUUACAGAGAAGAAGAUGCCCCUGUCCAACACAAUAGCUAUGAUUGUGGCAUGUAUGUGGUGUGUGUGGCGGAAGCACUAAGUGAACAGCAUCUGCAUGGUCAUGAUAGUAUGUUCCUGCGCAAUAUCACACCCCAGUUUGUCACCCAAAAGAGAGUAAAGUGGAAAGAAAUCAUAAAAGGACUAAGCUGUAAGUCACUCAGUCACAACCUGCAAGUUUAAAGAACCCUAAUAUGUCUUGAGUCCUAAGCUAUUGUCAGAAACAUUAAGAACUUUGGAAUAGAUCAGAGAAUACUGAUUUGUUUGUAUCGACUGUCAUCUAGGAACAGAAGCCUAUUAUCUAAAAUGAGAUUUUACAGCAACUCUACAAUCAAGUCCACACAUUUCUAAUAAAAUAAACCUUUGCUAGAGGUAUCAUAUAUUUAAAGUGAAUUUGCUACUACCAUUGUGUCCCUCUUUGCUAAUAUAGGUGCAAACACUGUUUUCAUGUUUACAAAUAAAAUAUGGAGCUGGGGAA